AUGGUAAGCAGGAGGCUACCGGCGACCUUUGUCGACCAUUGGGCGAAGAUAGAACCUGCCCGCACGUCCACAGGGACAUUACACAAAACUACGUUCAAAAGGAGCUGGAAAGAAGCAAAGGCCCUUAAUUUGAGCAUUUUAACGGCGGUGGCGGUGGCAAUGGCUUCUGAUUUGCUUUGUUCGUGGAGGUUCGGCCUCCUCUGCCUGCUGGCGGUCAUCGGGAGAUUAGCUGCUACAACGGGAUCUUAUGGCAGCUCGCCGGCAAGGUUUAAGCCGAGCGCUUGGUCCCUUGCCCAUGCCACCUUUUAUGGGGAUGAGACCGCCUCCGAGACAAUGGGGGGAGCUUGUGGAUACGGAAACCUCUUUCAAACUGGCUAUGGCACGGACACGGCCGCUUUGAGCUCAACACUGUUUAACGAUGGCCAUGCAUGUGGACAAUGUUAUCGGAUCAAGUGCGUCCAGUCGCCAUGGUGCUUCAAGGGAGUUUCAUUCACGACGGUGACGGCAACCAACCUUUGCCCGCCGAACUGGUCCGAGGACUCCAACGCCGGCGGGUGGUGCAACCCCCCUCAAGCCCACUUCGACAUGGCCAAGCCCGCCUUCAUGAAGAUUGCUCGGUGGAAAGCGGGCAUCGUCCCGGUCAUGCAUAGGAGAGUCCCGUGCGAGAGGGCCGGCGGGAUCCGGUUCCAGUUCCAAGGCAACGGGUACUGGCUCCUGGUGUACGUGAUGAACGUGGGAGGAGGCGGCGACGUCGCCAGCAUGUGGGUCAAGGGGAGCCGGACCGGGUGGAUGAGCAUGAGCCACAACUGGGGCGCCUCGUACCAGGCCUUCGCCACGCUCGGCGGCCAAUCUCUCUCUUUCAAGCUCACCUCCUACACCACCAAGGAGACCAUCGUCGCCUACAACGUCGCCCCUCCGAACUGGAGCGUCGGCAUGACUUACAAGGCCAACGUUAACUUCCAUUAAUGCCUGCGCAAUGGCUUUACAUGUGCUUUCGCUUUCCUUUGAACGCUCACGGGUUCCCGCCCUCCUUUUUUUUGUCUCCUCACUUUUUACGUAAUGAGAAUUUAUC